UCAUCUUCUGCCCUUUAAUUCUCCUCCUCUCUUUCUCUUCUUUUGUUCUCUCUCUCAAUGGAUCUUGUUGUUGUUAACACAGAAGCUAACUCUACACAAACCCAGCACGUGAACAGGAAGUCCUCCGACGAGUUGCUCCGUAAGUUCGCCGAUCCUGACGACGACGACAAGUCAACGAAGCGCCGGAGAAAAGCAGCUACUACGAACUCGAAAGAGAACGGUGGUGGUGACGUGGAAAGCAACACUAGUAGUAGUACUACAGGUUUGGUGGAGAGGAAACGGCUCUUGCUAGCUCCGGCGGCGAGUAAACGGCGGUCUCUGUUUCUCCGACAGAUUGCUUCUGGAAAGUCACAUCUCAAGAACAAGUCUCUAGUCAGAACUAUCGGCAAGACAUGGCGUAAAACAAUGGAAGGAGCUUCGAGAGUUUUCAUCGAGAAGCAUUAUAACAGACACAGACGUCUCAUCAACGAUGUGGUCUAAAGCAUCUUCUGCAACUUUGAACUCUUUUUUUAUCUCUUUUUUUUAUGUGUGUUGUAAUUGUUUAAACGUGAAUCUCCAACGUUUUCACUCGCUAUAUUACAUUCGUUUGUAUUAUUAUUCUUUUUACAUUUCAGUAAUAUCAGUGCUUUGAAUAGAACUCUUCAGUAUCACUAAAUUCAUUUUAUAAAAUCAAGUUGAAGUUUGAC